AUGCAUUGUAGGAGCAGUGCUUGGACAAAGAAAGACAAGAAGCUACAUGUGAUCUACUAUGCCAGCAGAACACUUGAUGAGGCACAAUGCAAGUAUGCCACAACAGAAAAGGAGCUUCUUGCUAUUGUCUUUGCAUUUGAGAAAUUUCGAUCAUACUUGGUGGGAUCAAAAGUUAUAGUUCACUCUGAUCAUGCAGCAUUAAGGUAUCUCUUAUCUAAGAAAGAUGCCAAGCCAAGAUUGCUGAGAUGGAUACUACUAUUGCAAGAAUUUGAUCUUGAGAUCAAGGAUAGAAGAGGAGCAGAUAAUGGAGUAGCUGAUCAUCUUUCAAGGAUGAGAGUUGAAGAAAAUCUACCUCUUGAUGAUAGGCUACCUGAAGAAUCAGUUUAUGCAGCUGAAGCUAGCAAUAAGCAUGGACAACUAGGCCAUCACAGGCCAGGAACAAAGAUCUCAUCAUCAAACACACCAUGGUUUCGCCACAUAGCAAACUUCCUUGCAGCUGAAUACCCACCACCAAACUUCUUUGGCUACAGAAAGAAGAAAGUUUCUGCGUGA